AUGGCUGUCCUGGCAUCCCCGUUCACGUUGAUCGGAACCCUCGUGACGGGGAAUUUUGUCGCUAAGCGCUCGCCGCUAGAAGUCUAUCUUUACGGCUAUGCGCUCCGCUUUAUUCUGAGCCUUACUGGGCCUGCUUGUGUUUCGUUUUUGAAAGCUCAAGAAGGCGUGGUUUCCACUACUUUUUAUUUUCUCAUUCUCUUCAUAACUAUAAUGUAUAGUUUUGCAUCAGAGUGCCUCAUGUUUGUUGGCGUUGGGGCCUUCUUCCUCAAUGUCUCAAGCUCAUCCAUCCAUGUGGCAGGAUCCUACCUCACGCUUUUGAACACCUCCAGCAAUAUGGGGGGCACAUGGCAUAAGGCUCUGACUCUGUGGCUCGUGGACCGGUUGACCUGGAGAGAAGAUUGCAUUAUUCCGCCAGAUGCAGCAGCAGGGACUCUGUGUCCAGUCAAGUAUGACGGAUACUACGUCAUAUCGACGGCGCUAGUGCCAGUCGCCGCGGUGAUAGGAUUAUAUUUUGCAAAGACACUCCCAUGGUUGGCAAAGUUACCCGACUCUUCAUGGAAGGCGUCAAAGCGAUAG